GCAUAUCCACUCGAGCACUUGUGGGCCGGUCUCCCAACUCCGUCCUUGUUAGAGGCGGGUCAUAGCCGACGUGCAUGAGAGAUCCACUUUAGCCGCCAGCCUCUACUCGUGGAAGAUUAUUGCAAUAGCUCUGCUUCGAACAAUGCAUCCAGGCAAUGUCCAUGACACAAUCCGACCUUGAAUGCGACCCAGCAUUUCGGAAGUAAUGGCAAAAUGGAAAAACUCCACCACGCCGCGAUGUCCGGCCGCUGUCCUGGCCGACGAUUUCUGAAAGGCAGCCUCGAGUGUUGCCGCAACGCCUCCCGGCAAUCCCAGGAGUUCGAUGGCGAUUGAGGGAUAAGUAUAAUUUAGAACUCAGACUGUUGUGUGAUCUUUCUUCCAGAGUAGAUAUCCCAGCCGCACACUCGUCCACCUCACAGGCUGUUUUUUUCGAUCACGAUGUCCUUGGUCGUUGUUGGCGGUGGUAUCGUUGGGCUCGCUAUCGCGUAUUAUGUGAGCUUGACCGACCCAAGCAGGAAAAUCUUCAUCCUCGACUCCGAGAAGGAACUGUUUCUGUCUGCAUCGGGGUAUUCUGGAGGGUUCAUCGUUCGCGACUGGUUCAGCCAUACCGUUCUACCACUUGCAGAGCUAUCAUUUCGUCUGCAUCGAGACCUAGCAGAUGCCCAGAACGGACGUAAGCAAUGGGGAUAUACGCCCAGUAUUGGAUACAGCUUGGUCAUGGAAGACAAUAGUACUGGGCAGAAAGUGCGUGGGGAAGAUUGGUUGUUGCAUGGUACGAGUCGAGCGGAAGUGGCGCGCAAAUAUGCCUCGCUCGCGAAACCAGAACCAGAGUCAAAGAGCCAACAGCGCGUCGAUCGGGACUCACUGCUUCGACCGGAUGGGUCUCCUUUGUGGGCUAACAUACCAACUGGAGGAGUCCUGGAGAAGAUCUCUAGUCCUUCGGGAUGCGCGCAGGUCGAGCCACGACAGCUUUGUGAGUGGCUGUUGCAGCGCUGCAGGGACCGCGGUGUCGAACUACACCUCUCAACCAAGAUUACUGGUCUCUCACACGACUCUGCGGGAAAUGUGGUUGGGGUGCGAGUCGAGAAACGUGCUGCAGACGGUGUCAAAACCCGAAGAGCUCUUAUUCAUUGCAAAGACGUGGUAAUCUCGGCCGGCUGUUGGACUCCUCGUGUCUUUGAGACCUUGACUGGAAAGAAGAUGAGCAUAGGCAUCACACCGUUGCCAGGGUACAGCAUAACAGUCCGCUCUCCGCGGUAUUCUCGUCCAAUCCUGGAAGUCGACGAAGCCGGCAAUGAGGCGGAAACCAGCCAUUCGAUCUUUUGUCCUCCGGGACGCAAUUGGCAGUAUUCCCCGGAGGCCAUGGCGAGGCAGACGAGGGAGGGCAAGCCUGAAGUUUACGUGGCAGGGCUCAACAACGAGAGCCAUCGUCUACCCGAAUUGGCAGGUCAAUCGAAGCAACUCAUGGAGAAAUUCCUCAGGGACGACCUCAAAAGGACGGCUGUCACGUUAGUCGGCAAGUUGGAAGGACUGUCGCAGUCGCCUGUUGAUGAUCUCGAGAUUGUGAGAGAAGGCCUUUGUUUCCGGCCUGUCUCCGAGAGCGGCAAACCCAUCAUAUCUCGAGUGGAGGACAUUGUCACCAAGGGUGGCGGAGGUCUGUAUGUUGCUAGUGGCCAUGGUCCUUGGGGGAUUACAUUGUCUUUGGCGACUGGCUUCGUCAUGGCAGAAGUGCUGCAGGGCAAGAAUCCGAGUGUCUCGCUGGAUGAGUUCAGACUGCAGCCGCAAACAUCAGCUCACCUGCAGGCGCGUCUAUAAUAAUGUGAGGAGCUCGGAGUCAAGAAGUGAGCAAGCCAGCUCAGGUUAGAGAUAGAAAAGCCAUCAUCGUCUUCGUGAAUCGUCUUGGUAUGCGGUUGUCAGAAGCUGAUAGUACAAAACACUGCAAUGCUGUCCGGUUCCGGAUGACAUUAUUGUUUGCCCCCCCCU